GAUUUACUUACUAGGUAUAAUGAUUUUGAGAAGCUCUGGAGGCUGCUUGUCAAACAUUUAUUUUCUUCAUAGAUUUGAAGUUUGUCUGCCUUAUGCACAUCAAGUACUGGCUAGGAGACAUCAUUUUGAUUUUCAUUCUCCUGAUGUCUGUGUAACUUGAUCUUCCUAUCUUAUCUCUCAGCGAAUAUGCAGUAACAUUUCUAUGCUGUGAGGAUAUUAUCUUAUCCAGUUUGAAUGAUUUUUGACAUAAUUGUAUACAAUAUGUCUUCUACUAAUUCCUCAAUUUAAUUCCUGUCAUGUUGUUCGACUUCAAUGAGGAUAUCAUCUCAACAAAACGUUACUCUUCUAUCAAAGGAUAUAUUAUCUGGUGCCAGUUUCUGCGUCUUCUACUAAUUCCUCAAUUUAAUUCCUGUCAUGAUGUUCGACUUCAAUGAGGAUAUCUUCUCAACAAAACGUUACUCUUCUAUCAAAGGAUGUAUUAUCUGGCUCAAAAUUUUUGUUCCUAUAACAUUACUUGCAUGGGCUAUCCUUGUACCAGUUAACUGGACAAAUAGCACUUUAGAGCUAGCCAAAGUAACUUACAGCAACAUUGACAAGCUUUCGAUAUCAAACAUUCCUAUUGGAUCGAAUAGAUUUUGGGCUCAUAUAGUAAUGGCCUAUGUGUUCACUUUUUGGACAUGCUAUGUGUUACGAAAAGAGUACCAAACAGUUGCAUCAAUGCGUAUGCAAUUUCUUGCAUCAGAAAGACGGCGUCCUGAUCAAUUUACGGUACUUGUUACGAAUGUACCUCCAGACCCUGAUGAAUCGGUUAGCGAGCUUGUGGAGCACUUUUUCCUUGUCAACCAUCCAGAUCACUAUCUCACCCUUCAGGUCAUAUACAAUGCAAACAAACUUGCAGAAUUGGUGAUGGAGAAGAAGAAUAAGCAGAAUUGGCUUGACUAUUAUCAACUAAAAUAUUAUAGAAAUAAAUCAACACGGCCUGUCAUGAAGACUGGUUUCCUUGGCCUCUGUGGGAAAAAGGUGGAUGCAAUUGAUUUUCAGAUAUCUGAAAUCGAGAGAUUAUCAAAAGAAAUAACUGCAGAGCGAGAGCGGAUUACAAAAGAUUCAAGCUCUGUGAUGCCGGCAGCAUUUGUGUCUUUCACAACUCGGUGGGGAGCUGCUGUGUGUGCACAAACCCAACAAUCCAAAGAUCCAACUAAAUGGUUGACAGAGUGGGCUCCAGAGCCACGUGAUAUAUAUUGGCAAAACCUGGCGAUUCCUUAUGUUUCACUGACAAUUAGGAGGCUUAUAAUUGCUGUUGCCUUCUUUUUCCUCACAUUUUUCUUCAUGAUUCCAAUUGCAUUUGUACAAUCCCUUGCAAACAUCGCGGGUAUUGAGAAAGUGUUACCAUUUCUGAAGUUCAUCAUUGAAAUACAUUUCAUCAAGUCGUUCAUCCAAGGCUUUCUGCCUGGGAUUGCCUUGAAGCUUUUCCUCAUCUUUCUGCCUACAGUACUGAUGCUUAUGUCUAAAUUUGAAGGCUUUAUAAGCGUAUCAACCCUAGAGCGGAGAUCUGCAUCUAGAUAUUAUAUCUUCACCUUUGUGAAUGUAUUCCUUGGGAGCAUAAUCACAGGAACUGCAUUUGAGCAAUUAAAUUCUUUUAUUCAUCAGUCGGCAAACGAGAUCCCUAAAACCAUUGGUGUAGCAAUUCCGAUGAAAGCAACUUUCUUCAUAACCUAUAUAAUGGUUGAUGGAUGGGCCGGCAUUGCAGGGGAGAUUUUAAGGUUGAAACCGCUGAUUUUCUAUCACUUGAAGAAUUUCUUCUUGGUGAAGACUGAGAAGGAUAGGGAGGAAGCAAUGGAUCCAGGAAGUCUGGGUUUCAACACUGGCGAACCUCAAAUACAGCUCUAUUUUCUGCUAGGACUCGUUUAUGCUGCGGUGACACCACUUUUACUUCCUUUCAUAUUGAUUUUCUUCAGCUUAGCAUAUGUUGUAUUCCGCCAUCAGAUCAUAAAUGUAUACAACCAACAGUAUGAAAGUGCUGCAGCAUUUUGGCCCGAUGUCCAUGGACGUGUAAUAGCUGCAUUGGUUAUCUCCCAGCUUCUUCUAAUGGGAUUGUUGAGUACAAAAGAAGCUGCUCAGUCAACACCAUUUCUCAUUGCUCUUCCGGUACUGACCAUAUGGUUUUAUAGGUUCUGCAAAGGCCGUUAUGAACCUGCAUUUAUCAGAUACCCAUUACAGGAAGCGAUGAUGAAAGAUACUCUGGAACGUGCCACAGAACCAAACCUCAAUCUAAAAGACUACCUUCGAAAUGCUUAUAUCCAUCCUGUUUUUAAAGGAGAAGACGAUGAAGAUGAUGAAGACGAAGAAGUUAGUGAAAAGUGGGAACAGGAGAGUGUGCUAGUCCCCACAAAGCGCCAGUCCCGCAAGAACACACCACAGCCUAGCAAAAUCAGCAGCAACUCCUCACCAUCUUUGCCUGAUGUUGUUGAACAUCCACAGCCUUAAAUCAUGGAUAUGAGACUCUACCUCUUUGAGUACUUGUAUUGUUGAAAGAGUGAAAGGAGGGUAGAACUGUAAAUUAAAGUAAAUUGCUUAAUUUGUUGUAGAGGAGAUAAUAAUUGACACUUGAAUGUUUUGUACACUCACAAAGAUUAAUUAUACACAAUUUUCUUGAUCUA